AUGGAAUCAUCAUCAUAUUUAACAUUAUCAAAUCAUAUGAACGAUCAAUCAUGGAGAGAUGCAUUACAAGAUGAGUUUGAAAAGCCCCAUUUCAAACAACUACAACAAACACUAAACAAGAUGGUGACAGAUGAUGGUGAAACUGUCUUUCCAUCGAUUGGUAAUACAUUUACUGCAUUUAAUUUGACACCACUUGAUCGUGUUCGAGUAGUCAUCAUCGGACAAGACCCAUACUUUAAUGAAAAUCAAGCACAUGGUCUUAGUUUUAGUGUUUUACAUCCAACUCCACCUCCACCAUCCCUCAAAAAUAUUUACAAGGAAUUAAUUAGUGAUCUUGGACAAGAUAAAUUUCAAAUCCCCAAUCACGGCAAUCUGGAGGUAUGGGCACAACAAGGUGUAUUGAUGCUCAAUGCAGUUUUAACUGUAACUUCUGGAAAGGCCAACUCUCACGCCAAGGUUGUCGGUUGGGAAAAGUUUACUGAUCGUGUUUUAGAAAUUCUAAAUGCUCGUGUUGGACAACCAAUAGUAUUUGUUUUAUGGGGUCAAUAUGCCAUCAAGAAAGCAAAGGGUAUCGACAAGAACAAGCAUCACGUCAUUGAAAGUGGUCAUCCUUCCCCACUCUCUGUUAAACAUUUCCUUGGAUCAAAACCAUUCAGUAAAACAAACCAAUUCCUUCAAGCUGAUGGAUCAACUGAAAUUAAUUGGUCAUUAUAA